AUGCAAGACACUGUCUUGGUGACUGUUGCCCAGCGUUGCGCGAAGGCCCGCCAAGCACUCGCGGAACAGAGCCUCGGCCUCGUCCAGCCGUCCACUCUCCUUGAGUGGGGCAGCGCGAAUGAGAACGGACACCGGGCUGCCUUUUGCAUUCCCAUGAUCGUGCCAACAGCCAUUGCCUACAACAUCUUCGAGUGUCAGACGCCUGACCUUCAAGCUAAAGGUGUCCCACUUGGUACGGAUUACAAGGGCCGUGAGGUGCACGGGAGCCGGGAUGUGUGGGUGGUGCGCGUGGCUGCCCGUGAGGCCGUGACGGUGCUCCAGCUGCGUCUGGCCCAGCUGCGGAAGCGCCAUGGCAACUUCCUGAUCUGCAUGGACGAGCUGGGGCGGAGACUCCACUGCCGCGGGCGGUAUGAGGAAGCAGAGCCUCUUUGCAGGGAAUCUUUCAACCUACGCCGUGCCCAGCUGGGCGAGGAGCACACAACUGUACUGAGUUGCUCCGCCACAUGGGUCAGCUGGAGGAGGCGAAAAAGCUUCACUGCGAAGGCCUGCAGAGGUGCCGCGCCACCUUGGGCGACUCGGCGGCUGCCACGCUGA